AUGGCGUUCUGUCUAAUGGUAGUUGCCAUAGCAAUAUCUGUGUAUAGCAUUAGAGUUGCUCUGGGAGGAAAUAGUCUGAUAUUGCCCGAAGAUGACUACAUUGUUAAUGAGAUAUCAUCCAUGAACAGUCGGGACGAUGACGUACAAACAUGGUCUCCUAGUAGCGAUAAGGUCACAGAGGUGGGUUCCAUUUCGACGCACUAUACGCCGGGUCGUGGUGCUAUGGAAAUCGAGGAUGUAAUGCUGAAGAAAAACGUUGAAACCACAUAUUCUAAAACUGAGAUGGGUGAACUGAAUCCUGCGAAAGAUAAAAUGAAAGAAACCAAACGAGUUCGUCUGUUGGUAAUAGGCAGAAUGACAACUGGAUCCAAAGCUAUUGCUGGAUAUUUCAGCGGCCGUCCAGAUUUUUUCUACGCAUACGAACCGGGGCACAUGCUGUUCAGUAUGAGUAAUUUAUUUAAAGGCAGCGUUCAGGACGACGGACAUGUGAACCUCGAAAAAAUACAAGUCACCCUUCGCGAUUUUCUACAUGGAAUUUAUAAUUGCAAUUUUACCAACCAUCCGUAUUUCACACAGGGGUUCAACGCUCCAAUAUCAAUUUACAAAAUACGCGCCGGUCUGAACAGUCUUCCAAUGCCAAUAACGGAAGAUACGUUGACGUCAAUAUGCAAAUCAAAACGCCACGUCAUCGCAAAAGUAGUUCGACUAAACGAUCUACUUCAACUAAUGCCAAUGUUGGAAAAUGAUGAAGUCAAAGUGUUGUUUUUAGCCCGUGACCCACGUGGUAUGGCCAGCUCGAGGCAUAAGAGAUUCCUGCAACAUCUUGAUCAUCACCAUGGCGACAAUACAGCGGAUGGUGAACUUCAUCCCAGGUUAAUAGAUUAUGUUGUGGAGCACUGUAAUUGGCUGGAAACUAACUAUAAUGCUAUAACGCAAGGUCCACCUUGGAUACGAAAAAACUCCAUGGUAAUUCGCUAUGAGGACAUGGCGAUCAAUCCAAAUAAAAUUGUGCCCUCUAUGUUCAAGUUCGUAGAACUGACUGGUAACGCUCCUGCGGAGGGAUAUGCCCCACAUGCUGAUUCUGUGUCUAAAUGGCGUAGUUAUUUCUCAUUUGAGGAAGUGAUGAGAAUUCAAGAUCUGUGCCCAGAUCGUCUAUACGAUAUGUUUGGUUGGAGAAAAGUUCGAAACAAACAUGAAUUCACUGAUACCAAUAUGACCUUUGUUGGGUCUAUGCCAAAUAUAUAA